UUUAUCAAAUAUUGCUUCAAUCCGAUGAAAUUUUCUGAGACGACUUGUACAAAGUCACGCCUAUUGUAGUUUUGUUUGUUCAUCAUAUUUCAUAUGCUUUUCAAUCUCCCUUCUAAUUGGUAAUUACUUCCCUGCAUGUGUUAGAGGAAUCCGGCCGAUUGAAUUCCGGCCAUAUCAAUAUAUGGCUUCAUAGAUGGCUUCUACCUCUUCUUCUGUUACUGCUUCGCCAUCCCCUCAGGGAUGGACGUAUGAUGUUUUCUUGAGUUUUCGAGGUCCAGAUACUCGUAAGACUUUUAUUGAUUUCCUUUAUGAGUCAUUAGAACGUAAAGGGAUUUGUACUUUCAAAGAUGACGAUCGACUGGUGAAAGGAGAGUGCAUCUCUCUGAGCCUAAUAAAUGCUAUUCGAGGAUCAAAGUUUUUUAUCCCAGUCUUCUCCAAAGGCUAUGCUUCGUCAAAAUGGUGUUUGGAAGAACUUGCAACAGUCAUGGAAUGCCAAAAAGAGUUGGAGGAGCAAAUUGUGGUGCCAAUUUUCUACCACGUGGAGCCUACAGAUGUCCGGAAUCAAAAAGGAAGUUUCGGAGAUUCGUUCAAAGAAUUGGUUGAAAAAAUUGGCAAGGAUGAUGAUGAUGAGGAGAAGGUGAGAAGAUGGAAGGAAGCCUUAAAAAAGGCUGGCGAACUCAAAGGGCAUCAUUUGAAGAAUGACUAUAACGAAUACGAAGCAACAUGUGCAGAAAACGUUGCUACCGACAUAGAUGCUCGAUUGUAUCAAGCAUCUCUAGCCUUUGAGGAGAACUUAGUGGGGUUGGAAUCUAGAGUUGACAACAUUGGUAAAUGGUUGAAACUGGAACAUGAUGAUGAUGUUCGGUUCAUUGGCAUUUGUGGUAUGGGAGGUGUCGGUAAGACAACAAUUGCAAUGACAGUUUUUAAUAGAUUUUCACUUCAAUUUGAGGGAGCUUGUUUUCUUGCAGAUGUUAGACAACAUAAUGUCAUUGAAUUGCAAAAGACCCUUUUAACAAAAAUCCUAAAGGAAAAAUCAAAAGUAGAAAUAAAUAAUGUGCAAGAUGGAAUUCGGAAGAUAAAGAUGAGGCUUACAGUGAAAAAAGUGUUGAUUGUUCUUGAUGAUGUAGACGACCAGCUGGAACAAUUAGACAAAUUAGCCGGAGGUUGUAAUUGGUUUGGUAGGGGUAGUAGAGUGAUUAUAACUACAAGAGAUGCGGGGGUAUUGCGUUCCCAUGGAGUUGAUGAAAAGCAUAUAUAUAAAGUAGAAACAUUGGGAAAGGAGGAUGCUAUUCAAUUGUUCAGUUCGUUUGCAUUUAAAAAGGAAGCUGCACCUGGUGUCGAAGAACUCUCUGGAUUAAUCGUGCAUUAUGCUAUGGGUCUUCCAUUAGCUCUCAAAGUUUUGGGCUCUUAUCUUUGUGGACUAGAGGCUGAUGAGUGGAAAAGCACUUUAGAGCAACUCAAGAAGACCCCAAAUGAUAAUAUUCUUGAGAAGCUUAAGAUAAGUUUUGAUAGACUAGCUCUCACAAACCAAAAAAUCUUUUUACAUAUUGCAUGUUUUUUCAGACGUGAGAAGGAAGAAUAUGUAAAAGAUGUGCUUAAAAGUUGUGAUUUGCAUCCGGUCAUUGGUAUGCGUGUGCUCAUUGAAAGAUCUCUCAUAUCAGUGGUGGAAGGAAGAAUUGAGAUGCACGAUCUAAUCCAAGAUAUGGGUUGGCAUAUUGCAAGAGAGGAGAAACCUAGGAGCAGGGUAUGGGAGUUUGAGGAUGAUGCUGUAUUAUACAGAAAAAUGGAGCUUACAGUUACUAAACACAUAGAAUGUAUUUCACUCCCCUAUAAUACAUAUGGAUUGUGGGUGCACAAUUAUGAGAAUAUUAGCAGUGCCUUUGAAGCUUUGAAGAUAAUCAUAGUUAAACGGUCGUGGGAGGAUACUAAUUUUGAUGGUGAUGUCAAGGAUAAUUAUGAGCUUCCUAGCAGCUUGAGGUGGAUUGAUUUCUCAUAUUAUCCUUUCCGUUCAUUACCCACAACUUUUAAUCUCUCUAGCAUGGAUACGAAUCCAUUGGAGCUUGUUAGGCUUUGUCUGCAGGAUAGUUCUCUUGAAAAUUGUUUGAUAACUAAGGAAUUAAAUAAACUUACCUAUUUGGAUCUUAGCUCUUCAUGUUCUUUGCUAGAGACUCCAAAUUUUGAUAUGAUGCCGAAUUUGGAAAGGUUAAACCUUUCAUAUUGUGACAAAUUAAUAGAGAUUCAUCCCUCUGUCGGACGUCUUGAGAAGCUUAUUUUAUUGGAUUUAUGUGAUUGCCGUGACCUAAAGAAGCUUCCCAGCUUUAUUCAACUUUCAUCUCUUGAAUCUCUCAAUCUUGAGAGUUGCAAAUCAUUAGAAAAUUUUCCAGAAAUCCAGAAAAGUAUUCCACAUGUAGUGGAGUUGAAUUUAGAAUCCAUUCUCAUUACCGAACUCCCCUCAUCCAUCCGGCAACUAUGUGGGCUCACCAAGUUACGCUUGUUUUGGUGUAAAGAUCUUGUAUCUCUUUCUGAUGACUUAUGUGAGUUGGAAAGCCUUAAAAUUCUUGAGCUUAGAUAUUGUGACCAACUAGAGUCAUUGCCAGAAAACCUGGGCAACUUGUCAAAAUUGGAAGAGCUUCAUAUAUCUAAUACUGCCAUUUUUCAACUCCCAUCUUCAAUAACGCAGUUGAGCUCAUUGAAAAGGCUACAGCUUUGUAAGUUUAAGACCAUCGACAAAGGACUCCCUUCAGAUCUUGGACAAUGCUUGAUCUCAUUGGAAUAUUUGAAUCUUCAAGGAAGCAAUUUUAGUUAUUUACCUGAAAGUUUCAGUCAACUUCCUCACCUUCAAUACCUUGACAUCAGAGAUUGUGAAAAACUUAAAGAGUUGCCAGAACUCCCAAAAGCUAUAAGCGAACUAUAUGUGGAUUCCCAUUUUGCCUUUGGAAACGAGUCAAUCAACAUAGAUAUGUUAGCAAUCAAGAACCCCAUGUUAUAUUCAGUCGUAGUCUCCCCUUGCCGUGGUGAUCAUUAUUCGUUCAAAGGUGAAACCUUUUUAGCUAAGAAGAGCAUUCAAUUUCCAUUUCACAGAAAGACUCCUUUUAGUGUUAGCUACUCAACCGAUUCAUCAUAUUAUCAGAUUAAGGAGGAGUAUUACACUCUCUUGAGGUCAUUCAAAUACCGACGAUACGGGUCAAAUAGGAUCUCCUUCAAUCUCAAUCAUCGUUGGUAUAGUACACAAUUUGUGGGAAUUGCUGUAUUUUUUGUCUCUUCUAAAGCUGCUGAAUGGGGACCACACUCGUACCAAGGCUUUGAUGACAGUACUCGUCAUCAUCAUUGUGUUAUUAAAGCCAAACUAUCAUCACAUAAUGAUAUUAAAAAUGAAGAUCUCCAAACAAAAUGUGUGAUAGCCGGAUCAACUUCUUACCGUGGUCUUUACUACAGAACACACACUUGCUUUGUGUACCUACCAUUUAGUAGUUUGUGGCCUAAAUCUAAACCUAUGAUGGGAGCAAAUGAUUAUUCAAGAUUCGAGGUGGAACUUGUGGAUUUGAAAGUUGAAGCAGAUUGGGGCAUUAAUUUAUUGUAUAAAUGCCCAAUAGGAGCAAGGGAGCAUAUGGCUAAUUACCAUAGGAGUGAUUCAGGACUACUCACAACUAAUGAUAUUGGAUGCUUGACCUUGUUGGAGUUGGAGAUAGAGUACUUGAAUCACGGUAGCAACAAUUUUGUUAGUUUACCUGCAUGUUAUAACCAACUUCCUAGUCUUCAAUACCUUGACAUCAGUGGUCGUGGAGAACUUGAAGAGCUACCAGAACUCCCAACUACUAUAAGAGAACUAUAUGCAAAUUCUAAUUUGGCUUCUGAAAGCAACUUAGUGAAGCUAGCAACCAAGUACCCAAAAUUAUAUUCUGUCUCAUUCUCUCCUGGAGAUAAAGAGGUUUCUGCUGUGGAGUUAGCUAGGAUGUUUGCUCAUCAUGAGCCUUUUCAAAUCAUGAGAGACUCUUCUUUCAUUGUUACCUAUCCUAGUGAUGCAUAUUUAACCGAUAGUGAUGUCACGAAACGGUUCAAAUAUUCAUCUCUUCGUUCAAAUAAGAUCUCCAUUAGUCUUAAAUCCUCCUGGCAUAAUCAAAGCUUUGCGGGAUUUGUUGUGUGCUUUACUCUCGAUUCACAUGAUCAUAAAUGGAAAUCAUGCCCAGACGGUCGUCCUUUUAGAUACCGUGAGGUCAUAGCCCAGCUGGUACACAAAGAUAAUAAACAACUUCUCCAGACAAAUUGUGUUAUUGGCAGACUAUGCGAUGAAGAGUUUAAUUCUGAAUUCGAUCGUCAAGAGUAUUUGGAAAUCAUAGGCUUUGCCUACAUACCAUUUCUUAGUCUGUUUAAGAAUAAAUUGAGAGCUAUCCCCAGUGAUUAUUUGGUAUUUGAGGUGGCAUUUGGGGAUCCUGCAUCAAAUGUUUCAACAGAUUGGAGUUGUGGUUUGUUAUAUCAAAAUGAUGAAUCAUUAAGUGAAGCAUUGUGGAGCCAAACUAUAGCUACUUCCCAUGAUAAUGGUGAUUCAGAAGAAAGUAAUGAAGAAGCUCCAUUGUUAGAAGAGACACAUGUGUCCACGCCUGAGCCAGUUGUGCGCAAUCAAACUGAAAGUUUUGCCGAAUCAUUUAAGAGACAUGAAGAAGAGAAUACAGAGAAGGCGAAGGUGGAAAGAUGGAAGGAAGCGUUGAAAAAAGCUGGAGAAAUCUCAGGGUAUCAUCUGCAGAAUGACUUCAAUGGGUUCGAAGGAAAAUGUGUCGAAAAAGUUACUCACGACAUAUUUAAUCGAGUGAAUCUCUGCACUCAAGCCUCCUCAACAGUCCUUCAAGACAAUUUCGUGGGAUUGGAAACUAGGGUUGGCUAUGUGGGUAACUUGUUGACACUAGAACCUGAUGAUGUUCAAUUCAUUGGGAUUUGGGGUAUGGGAGGUAUUGGCAAGACAACAAUUGCAAGGGCGGUCUUUAAGAAAUUUUCAAGUCAAUUUGAUGGAGCUUGUUUUCUUGCCGAUAUUAGACAACAUAAAAUCAUUGAAUUGCAAAAGACCCUUUUGGAAACAAUACAAAAUGUGACGAUGGUAAGCGAUGAGUUUGAUGGAAUGGAGAAGAUACAGAGAUGGCUUGGAAGGAAAAAGGUUUUGAUUGUUCUUGAUGACGUAGACCAUGUGGAACAAUUACAGAAUUUAGCCGGAUCUUGUAAUUGGUUUGGUAGGGGUAGUAGAGUGAUUAUAACUACAAGAGAUGCGGGGGUAUUGCGUUCCCAUGGAGUUGAUGAGAAGCAUAUAUAUGAAGUAGAAACAUUGGGAAAUGAGGAAGCUAUUCAACUGUUCAGUUUGUUUGCAUUUAAAAAGGAAGUUGCACCUGGUGUCAAAGAAAUCUCGGGAUUAAUAGUGCAUUAUGCUAUGGGUCUUCCAUUAGCUCUCAAAGUUUUGGGCUCUUAUCUUUGUGGACUAGAGGCUGAUGAGUGGAAAAGCACUUUAGAGAAACUCAAGGACACCCCAAAUGAUGAUAUUCAUGGGAAGCUUAAGAUAAGUUUUGAUAGACUAGAUCCCAAAAACCAAAAAAUCUUUUUACAUAUUGCAUGUUUUUUCAGAUACAAGGAGGAAGAAUAUGUAAAAGAUGUGCUUAAAAGUUGUGAUUUGCAUCCGGUCAUUGGUAUGCGUGUGCUCAUUGAAAGAUCUCUCAUAUCAGUCGUGAAAGGAAGAAUUGAGAUGCACGAUCUAAUCCAAGAUAUGGGUUGGCAUAUUGCAAGAGAGGAGAAACCUAGGAGCAGGGUAUGGGAGUUUGAGGAUGAUGCUGUAUUAUACAGAAAAAUGGAGCUUACAGUUACUAAACACAUAGAAUGUAUUUCACUCCCCUAUAAUACAUAUGGAUUGUGGGUGCACAAUUAUGAGAAUAUUAGCAGUGCCUUUGAAGCUUUGAAGAUACUCAUAGUUAAACGGUCGUGGUCGUCCAUUGAAGAAGAUAAUAAUUUUGACCAUGUCAUGGAUGAUUAUCUUCCAAGUAGCUUGAGGUGGCUUCAUUUCCCAGAUUAUCCUUUCCCUUCAUUACCGAAAAGCUUUCAUUCCUCUGGCAUGGAUAAUAAUCCCUCUCAGCUUGCUGGAGUUUAUCUGCACUCUAGUUCUCUUGAAAAUUGUAGGAUAACUAAGGAAUUAAAUAAACUUACCUAUUUGGAUCUUAGCUCUUCCCGUUCUUUGCUAGAGACUCCAAAUUUUGAUAUGAUGCCGAAUUUGGAAAAGUUAUACCUUUCACAUUGUGAGAAAUUAGUAGAGAUUCAUCCCUCUAUCGGACGUCUCGAGAAGCUUAUUUUAUUGGAUUUAAGUUCUUGCGAUAACCUAAAGAAGCUUUCCAGCUUUAUUCAACUUUCAUCUCUUGAAUUUCUCAAACUUUAUGGUUGCCCAUUAGACAAUUUUCCAGAAAUCCAGAAAAGUAUUCCACUUGUAGUGGAGCUGAACUUAGAAUUCAUUCACAUUACAGAACUCCCCACAUCCAUCCGGCAACUAUGUGGGCUCACCAAGUUAUGCUUGUUUUCGUGUAAACAUCUUGUCUCUCUUUCUGAUGACUUAUGUGAGUUGGAAAGCCUUAAAAUUCUUGAGCUUAGGUAUUGUCUCCAACUAGAGUCAUUGCCAGAAAACUUGGGCAACUUGUCAAAAUUGGAAGAGCUCCAUAUAUCUGACACUGCCAUUUUUCAACUCCCAUCUUCAAUAACGCAGUUGAGCUCACUUGAAUGCUUGUGUUGGGGACACAAACAAGGGUUUGGUGAAAGGCCUCUCAAAUUUGUGCGUAGUGUAUCAGGUUUGUGCUCAUUGAAAAGGCUACAGCUCUGUGACUUUAAUAUCAUCAACGAAGGACUCCCUUCAGAUCUUGGACAAUGCUUGAUCUCAUUGGAAUAUUUGAAUCUUCAAGGAAGCAAUUUUAGAUAUUUACCAGAAAGUUUCAGUCAACUCCCUCUCCUUCAAUACCUUGACAUCAGAGAUUGUAAAAAACUUAAAGAGUUGCCACAACUCCCAAAAGCUAUAAGCGAACUAUAUGUGGAUUCUCAUUUUGCCUUUGGAAAUAGGUCAAUCAACAUAGAUAUGUUAGCAAUCAAGAACCCCAUGUUAUAUUCAGUCGUUGUCUCCCCUUGCCGUGGUGAUCAUAAUUCGUUCAAAGGUGAAACUUUUUUAGCUAAGAAGAGCAUUCAAUUUCCAUUUCACAGAAAGACUCCUUUUAGUGUUAGCUACUCAACCGAUUCAUCAUAUUAUCGGAUUAAGGAGGAGUAUUACAUUCUCUUGAGGUCAUUCAAAUACCGACGAUACGGGUCAAAUAGGAUCUCCUUCAAUCUCAAUCAUCGUUGGUAUAGUACACAAUUUGUGGGAAUUGCUGUAUUUUUUGUCUCUUCUGAAGCUGAUAAAUGGGGACCACACUCGUACCAAGGCUUUGAUGACAGUGCUCGUCAUCAUUGUGUGAUUAAAGCCAAACUAUCAUCACAUAAUGAUAUUAAAAAUGAAGAUCUCCAAACAAAAUGUGUGAUAGCCGGAUCUUACAAAUAUUUGCACAACAGAAUAGACAAUUGCUUUGUGUACCUACCAUUUAGUAGUUUGUGGCCUGAAUCUAAACCUAUGAUGGGAGCAAAUGAUUAUUCAAGAUUCGAGGUGAAACUUGUGGAUUUGAAAGCUUUAGCAGAUUGGGGCAUUAAUUUAUUGUAUAAAUGCCCAAUAGGAGCAAGGGAGCAUAUGGCUAAUUACCAUAGGAGUGAUUCAGGAUUACUCACAACUACUGAUAUUGGAUGCUUGACCUUGUUGGAGUCGGAGAUAGAGUACUUGAAUCACGGUAGCAACAAUUUUGUCAGUUUACCUGCAUGUUAUAGCCAACUUCCUAGUCUUCAAUACCUUGACAUCAGUGGUCGUGGAGAACUUGAAGAGCUACCAGAACUCCCAACUACUAUAAGAGAACUAUAUGCAAAUUCUAAUUUGGCUUCUGAAAGCAACUUAGUGAAGCUAGCAACCAAGUACCCAAAAUUAUAUUCUGUCUCAUUCUCUCCAGGAGAUAAAGAGGUUUCUGCUGUGGAGUUAGCUAGGAAGUUUGCUCAUCAUCAGCCUUUUCAAAUCAUGAGAGACUCUUCUUUCAUUGUUACCUAUCCUAUUGAUGCAUAUUCAACCGAUAGUGAUGUCACGAAACGGUUCAAAUAUUCAUCUCUUCGUUCAAAUAAGAUCUCUAUUAGUCUUAAAUCCUCCUGGCAUAAUCAAAGCUUUGUGGGAUUUGUUGUGCGCUUUAUUCUCAAUUCAUCUGAUGAUGGUAUAUGGAAAUCAUGCCCAGACGGUCGUCCUUUUAGAUACAGUGAGGUCAUAGCCCAGCUGGUACACAAAGAUAAUGAACAACUUAUUCUCCAAACAAAUUGUGUGAUUGGCAGACUAUGCGAUGAAGAUGUUGAUGUAUUCAUGGAUACACAAAUCAUAUGCUUUGCCUACAUACCAUUUCUUAGUCUGUUUAACAAUAAAUUGAGAGCUAUCCCCAGUGAUUAUUUGGUAUUUGAGGUGGCAUUUGGGGAUCCUGCAAUUAAUGUUUCAACAGAUUGGAGUUGUGGUUUGUUAUAUAAAAAUGAUGAAUCAUUAAGUGAAGCAUUAUGGAGAGAAACUAUAGCUAGUUCCCAUGAUAAUGGUGAUUCAGAAGAAAGUAAUGAAGAAGCUCCAUUGUUCGAAGAGACCCCUGUGUCCACGCCUGAGCCAGGGGAACCCAAAUUCUUUCCAUAUGGCUUGAUGGCUUCUACCUCUUCUGUUACUGCUUCACAAUCAAUCCAUGAAUGGACUUACGAUGUUUUCUUGAAUUUUAGAGGUUCAGAUAUUGACAAGAUUUUUGUAGAUUAUCUUUACACUUAUUUAGACUUGAAAGGAAUUCACACCUUCAAGGAUUACGAUCAAAUGGAGGAAGGAGACUGUGUCUCUCUGGCUCGACUAAAAGCUAUUAAAGAUUCAAGAUUUUUUAUCACAGUCUUCUCCAAAGGCUAUGCAUCGUCAAAAUGCUGUUUGGAAGAACUUGCAACAAUCAUGGAAUUCCAAGAAAAGUUCAAAGAACAAAUUGUGGUGCCAAUUUUUUACGACGUGGAGCCUUCAGAUGUCCGGAAACAGAAAGGAAGUUUUGGAGAUUCGUUCAAGGAAUUGGUUGAAUUUGUGAAGGAUGAGGAGGAGAAGAAGGUAAGAAGAUGGAAGGAAGUGUUGAAAAAAGCAGGCUAUCUCAAAGGGCAUCAUUUACAGAAAGACUAUAAUCGACUUGAUAUAAAAUGUGUACAAGGAGUUGCUGCCGACAUAUUUGCUCGAUUGAAUCAAUCAAAUCAGACAUGGUCAGCCUUUGAAAAGAACUUAGAAGGAUUGAAAUCUAGAGUUAACGACAUUGGUAACUGGUUGAGAUCGGCUGAUGAUGAUGAUGAUGCUGCUAGGUUUAUUGGUAUUUGUGGUAUGGGAGGUAUCGUCGUGGAAGGAAGAAUUGAGAUGCACGAUCUAAUCCAAGAUAUGGGUUGGCAUAUUGCAAGAGAGGAGAAACCUAGGAGCAUGGUAUGGGAGUUUGAGGAUGCUGAAUUAUUAUACAGAAAAAUGGACCCUGAACACAUAGAAUGUAUGGUAUUCCCCUAUACAUACAGAUGUCACCUGGACAAUGAUAAGAAUAUUUGGGGUGCCUUUAAAUCUUUGAACAUACUCAUAGGUAAACGGUCAUCGUCCAACGAAGAAGAUAAUAAUUUUGACCGUGUCAUGGAUGAUUAUCUUCCAAGUAGCUUGAGGUGGCUUCAUUUCCCAGAUUAUCCUUUCCCUUCAUUACCAAAAAGCUUUCAUUCCUCUGGCAUGGAUAAGAAUCCCUCUCAGCUUGUUGGGGUUUAUCUGCACUCUAGUUCUCUUGAAAAUUGUAGGAUAACUAAGGAAUUUAACAAACUUACCUAUUUGAAUCUUAGCUCUUCUUGCUCUUUGCUAGAAACUCCAAAUUUUGAUAUGCUACCGAAUUUGAGAAGAUUAUACUUUUCAGAUUGUGAGAAAUUAAAAGAGAUUCACCCAUCUAUUGGACAUCUUCAGAAGCUUUUUUUAUUGGAUUUAAGCAAUUGCCGUGAGCUAGAGAAGCUUCCCUGCUUUGUUGAUUUACCCGAAAGCUUCAGCCAACUCCCUCACCUUCAGUAUCUUGACAUCAGAGUUUGUGGAAAACUUAAAGAGCUCCCAAAAUUCCUACAAAGUACAAGAGAACUGUAUGCAGAUUUUCAUUUUGCCUCUAGAAAAAGCAUUAAGGAGUUAGCAGAGUGCCCGAAAUUACAUUCAGUCGCAUUCUCUCAUGAUGAUCAAUAUCACUGCCCGGAGAAUUGUUUAGCUAAGAUAUUUAUUCAUUUUCCGUUUCAUAGAAAGACUCCUUUCAGUGUUAGCUAUCCAAUCUAUUUACGAGAGGAUGAGGAUCGUUAUGGCUUGAGAUUAUUUCAAUAUCGAUGCUAUCAGUCAAAUGGUAUCUCUAUUGAUCUCAAUUUCCUCUGGUAUUGUCAAAGCUUUGCGGGAUUUGCUGUAUAUUUCCUCUCUUCAGGAUAUAAUACAUGGGAACCACACUCCUACAAGGACAUUGAUGGUGUUGAGCAUUGCACAGUCAUAGCCAAAUUGUCACACAAAGAUGAGAGAAAUGAAUUUCUCCAAAGAAAAUGUGUGAUUGUCAGUUCAACUAAUGGAUAUGACAACAACGGAGGACACAUCUGCUUUGUCUACAUACCAUACCCGAAAAAUAGUGUAAGCUCAAAUGAUUUUUCACGAUUUGAGGUGAACUUUAUGAACUUAGGAGCCACUGCUGAUUGGGGUUGUAGUUUGAUAUAUAAAAGGGAGGCCGGUUCUGGUGAAAGAGAUCCAGAAGAGGUAGAGGAAGAUGGCGGAUCACAACAUACAGAAGAUAGUGGUGGAGAUGAUGCAGUGGUGGCAAAAAACAAUAAUACAGGAGAAGAAGGUGAAUCAAUUGAUGGUGAUGAAGAUGUUGAGGAGCAUGAGUGUAAUGCAGGACAUAGUUCAGGAAAAGAAGGUGAAGAUGAGGAAAGGGGUGAAUCACUUGAUGGUGACGAAGUUGUGGAAGAGUACGAAGCAAAAGAAAGUAAUGCAUGGCACGGUUUUGAAGUUGCAAUGUCAGAACAUAAUGAUUCAAGUCCAGAUAGAACCAAACUGUGGGAAUUGACUGAAAUUGUAGAUCAUGUUCAAUGCCAAAUGGUUUCCAUGCCAGAAUGCUCUAACGCAAAGGUUGCCCGACUUCUUUAUACAAAUUCUGGUGCUAGCAUCUUGGCACUCAACUCAGAUGGUAUUCAAAAACUAUGGAAAUGGUCCUACAAUGAACAAAAUCCAAGCAGAAAGAAUUGGCAACCAAACAGUGGUCCUCCUAUGAUUAAUGAUGUGUCAGCUGUCAACCUAGAAGAAGUAGUUCCUUGCAUAGCCCUCUCGAAUGAUGACUCUUAUGUUGUGUCUGCUGUUGGUGGAAAGGUUUCAUUGUUUAACAUCAUGACAAGUGAGGUAACGAAAACAAUCACGUCGUUGCCAUCUGCAUCAACUUUCUUAGCUUUUCAUCCUCAUAACAACAACAUUAUUGCAAUUGGUACUGAGGAAUCAUCCAUAUAUAUAUAUGAUUGGGUACAUGAGGACUUGAUUAAACUUAAAGAGCAUCAGAAACCUAUCACUGGUCUAGCAUUCUCUACCAAACUUCAAAUGUUGGUUUCAGCAGCUGAUGCCCAGCUUUGUACGUGGAACACUAAUUUGUGGAAAAAGAGAAGAUCAAUUAGCAUCCAGUUGCCUGGUGGUGAAGUGCCUUCAGGAGGUGAGACACAAGUGAUGUUCCAUGCUGACGAACUCCACUUACUAGUUACACAUGAAACGCAAUUGGCAAUAUAUGAUGCAUUUAAGAUGGAACUCAUACACCAGUGGAUCCCAUGUGUGCGGAUCUCUUCUGCUACAUACUCCUGCAACAGCCAACUAAUUUAUGCAUCCUUCAUUGAUGGGAACAUUGGAGUGCUUGAUGCCGAUACCCUAAGACUGAAAUGCCGUAUUGUUCCAUCUGCUUAUUUACCUCAAAACGGAAGCGAGGAUGUGUAUCCACUUGUGAUUGCAGCACAUCCGCAGGAACCCAACCAAUUUGCAGUUGGAUUGACAGAUGGAUCUAUUGAAGUCAUAGAACCAUUAAAAUCCCAAGGGAAUUGGGAAGUAUCUGUAUCUUCCCCAGUUGAUAAUGAGAAGAAAAAUGGUAGAUUGGUAUGGCAGGUUCUUCGUGGCACAUUGGCAACCGUGUGUCUUGGAUUAUUUGGCGUGGGCAUGAUUCCAAUUAUUCAAACUAAAACUAGAAAAUCAAAAUUGAAUUUCGGAGACGAGUCUGGAGCAAACCGAUAUGAUAGAACAGAACAAGACGAACCCUCCGAGGCAGAGCCAAGCCCUCGGCAGCCAAUGGCCAAGCCCGGUCCUCGACCUUGGCCAAUCAAGGCCCGACUAUGAAGUUACAAUUAAAUCCAUCAAAUUUUAAAUAAAAUAAGUUGAACUCAUAAUAAUCACACAAAAAUCUGUUGCAAAGUGGAUUUUGGAAUGUGUGUAUUUGAUCAUUAAUAUGCACUUAUACAGUGUUUUUAGCAAUGUUGCUCAUUGGUUUUUGACUUUUUGGAAUGUAUGUAUUUGAACUCAAAUUAAUGUUUGAAUUUGUAUUUGUUUCACUCCCCAAACUAAUGGACUUCCCAGUUUCAUUAUUA